AUGCCUUUCUUUCGCAAACACAACCCAUCUUCCCAGUCUCCGUCAAAGGACGAGGGGGAUAGCGGGCGUCGCUCAUACUUCAGUCGCAAAACAUUCAGCUCCGCUACUACCUACACUAAUCAAUCAACAAAGACCCCUCAGGCAUCAUUAGCCCCAGCGUUUAGCUCUCCAUCUAAUCUCCAUCCCCGCCCCACUUCAACCGGGGCAUCUGAGACACAGUUCCUCUGGGAAGACAUCAACCCGCCAGCAGAAUACCUCAGCCAAGUUCAAGCACCACCAAGCUACCCAUACAACCACUCUUUACCUCCGUCUCACAUCUCUACACGAACCGAAGCGGAAGAAACACACACAUCCCCAUACCCAAGCGCCCGCAUGCUCAACCAAUCCCAACCAGGUCUCCCAUCAGUCCCCUCUAACUCCGCCCUACCGGGUUACAACGACGUCAGCGGUGCCGUCGUGGUGGAUGCUGACGGCUAUCCGUGCUUUUUGUCCCCGCAGGAAGAGCUGGAUCGAAAGGCCGAGCUGCAACGCGCAGUCCAGGAACGUAUGAUGGGGUUACCGCGGACAACAAAUUUCAGCUGGCAGGCGUCGGGGAGCCCGGUACUACCGAGGUAUGAGUGUGUACCGUCGGGGGAGAAGAGGAUUUCUAGUUCAGGGCGUUGA